AUGAAAACAGUAACACCUUCACCUAUAUUACCAAUAUGUUCUAUAAAUCCUGAAUCAUUAGAGACUAUAUCAUCUAUAAAUCCUAAUUCACAUGGUUGUUCAACAAUUUCUAAUUGGUUUACUGGUAAAAAUAAAGAAAAUGUUCAUGAUAAACGAUCAAGUGUAAAACGGAGAAAAUAUGAGAAAUUCAAGGAACUGUUGUAG